AUGGCAAAUGGACCAGCUUUUUGGUUUAGUGUAAUUAACCAAGGCGGUAAAAACAAAACGAAAACAAAAAACCCUCUUCCUAUUCCCUCCACACACACUCUCUCUCUCUCUGUCUCUCUCUCUAGGGUUUUGGUGUGUGUGAGAAAAAAAAGAGAAGACAUGGCUGCUUCGUCCAAGGUUUUCGGGAGGGGUUGCAGAGUUCUGAUGGCGGCAGCUAAAAGUUCUGCCGCCGCGACUGCGGCUCACACCGCCGCUGCCACCGCCGCGGCGGCAAAUGUUGCUCCUCGUGGGUUGAUGAAGCCAUUGCGAGUCUCCCCUGCUCUUGGUGCGUUUCUCGGAGUUUCUGAAGCAUCUCGCUCUGAUGUCGUCAAAAAGGUUUGGCAGCACAUCAAGCUCAACAAUCUCCAGAAUCCUCAAAACAAGAAAGAGAUCAUUUGUGAUGAGAAAUUGAAGACAAUAUUUGAUGGUAAAGAUAAAGUUGGGUUUUUGGAGAUUGCAAAAUUGUUGAAGCCGCAUUUUGUUGUAUCUAAGUGAUGCUUCUGUAUAAGCAUUCUGGAUAAUUUAAAUAGUAGUUUAUUUUGUUCUUUUGGUGGUUCAUGUCGGAAUCUAUGAUCAUGAGUUUUGUUCAGAUGCUUUUGUAUUACUCGCGUACCAUUAGAAGAACGGCGUGUAAUGUUUGUCAAAGUGAAGUGUACGACUUGGAUUACGUUUAGUUUUAUUUACAGUUAAAAUUAAAAGUUUUGAUUCUGUGA